AUGUUCCACGAUCUUGGUCCCGUUUACAAAGAAGACUUGAUGUUUAGGCCCACCAUGACGGUGCACGUUAAAGACCCGGACGAUUUUGAGAAGGUUUUUCGGGCAGAAGGAAAAUACCCGCGUAAGUUGAUCUUAGAUUUUUCUGUCGGGCACCGCAAACGAAGGAAUCGUUGGCCAGGCAUAAUUCAAGUGUAAGUAACAAUGUUCUUUUUGCUUGGAAAGAAUUAAAAUUUGUAUUCUAUCAGAAUUUAUUACAUGCCUGCCACCGAUGAAGCGAAUCCGCUCAGUUUUCUUCAUUUCACUUUAUGUAUGGGUUAACCCCUAUAAAUAUUCAUUCUUUAUUCGCAUAUUGAAAGAAUGAAAUAAUUUUAAGCGCAGUAUGUGGGUGAAGCAGAAUCUUUUAAACUGUUUAAAGCUAGGUUAAAGUCUUUUUUAAAUAUGUAAGUAUGUAACUAGAGAAUACGUGAAUAGUGAUAGGUAAUAAUUCAACGUUUUUUUUAUUUUUAUUUAGGAAACGUUGGCGUUGACCUCGUGUUUCUUUUUCUAGCCUGCGAGCAAGCUCUCCGGGACGCGGAGAGCUUGCAUCACAGCCUUUUCGUGAUGUUUUUUUUCUCGUUUUUGUAUUUUUACACACUUUUGUUUAUUGUUUAACAUCAUGAAUAAGCCACACGUUAUUGUAUUGUAUAACGGCUGUGCAUAAAAUAACAAAAAAUAACACUUUUAUACGCAGCACCAACACUUUCAUACACAGCUUUGUAUAACUACCGGAGCGGCAAGAUGUGCCUAGCCCGCUCGGAAUUAUUUCUUGCAUCUGUCUCGCAAGAGACGAGAUGGCUGGAAAUUGGAACCUUGAUCUAUUUUGCUCUCUUAUAUUGAUUUCCGUCCUCAACAAUGCAAGAAAAAAAACUUAACCAAUAUCCAGCAGUGUUGAGUUCACGGUUGGUCAAUAAAGCAUAAUUAUGCAAAUAAAUGUUAGCUCCAAAAACUAUGAAAGCAGCGGCACGUAGACUCGUAGACCAAAAACCUUAAAGAAAGACUAUCUAUGCGGUAACCUUUCUUCCCAGAGCCAGAUAUGGACGAGAACUAUAUGUUUGCCUUCAUCUUAAAAUGGGCAGACAAACACAUACAUAAAUGAGUGAGAACGAUUCGGAAACCUCUUUGAUAGCUCUUUCGCACGUGUUGCGGACUAGUUUUUCUUUAGUUUACAAUACAGAGUUUGACUUUUUUGCUAAAAAUUUUAUUCGUGUAGCCGUAGUGGGGAACAAAUAGUUAAUUCGGUCUCAAUUUAACCUUCGGACGUAUACGCAAAUUCAUAUCCCCGCGGUGGUACAAGGGGGGGGUUGGAUGGUACCCCUCCUCAGAGUUUUUGAUAUGUUGCAGUAUUUCGAAAAGAUUUUGCCUUUAGUGGAAAGCCUUUGAUCUUCUCAACAAGAUGAGGUAUAUUUUAUGGGUAGUGGCGCUGCUGGAGGCCUGUGACGUCACCAACAAUGGUCACCAUCUUGGCCGCCAUCUUGGAUUUUACCAAGAAUUAGAACUCGAGUUUUAAAAAAAUCGCGAGAAAUGGCAAUUUUUUGUGCUUGACAUGGAAAUUAACACAUAAAUAAGCACUUUGCAUGACUUAAGCCACAAGAUUUACUUUUAUUGUUGAAAGAAAUUGAACAAACAUGUAUUUUGACCCAAAAUGGCUUUACCAUCUGUUACUUAUGACGUCAUAUUUCGUAACCAUAGACAAUCGCUGAACUUGGCUCAAAAUGUGCGCGAGGGAUAAACGAACAGCUAGUGAAAACGUCAGUUUUCCCAGCACACACAACCUGCUACGACAGCGAAUACCACACGGAGGUUGUCUGCAUAUUAUAAAGACAUCCUCUAAAACUACUUAAAAUUGAAAGAGUGUUUUAAUCUGUCAUUUUAGCUGAAACUAUUGCCUCUUGAGUCAUUUUCAACGAGUUUCAGUCUUGGCUAAGGCUUUUUUGACCGUUGUAUGGAUUUCUCUGGACUUUUUUAUUCCUUUAUAUGUCUAAUCCGAAAAUACGCAUGCUCACCAAUCAGAUUGCGAUUGUUGCUUGUCGUUCAGCUGAGCUGUUGAAAAUAAUUUUUUAAAGUAAAACAAACCGUUUUCAAAACGAUGUUUUUAACAGAGAUGGAGAAGAAUGGCACAGAAUGCGGCAAACCAUUGCUCCGAAAAUCAUGCGCCCAAAAAUUGUGGAGGAAAAUAUUGUAAACUUCAAUGCUGUAAGCAAGGAUGCCGUAGCAAGGUUUGUCAAACUAAACGACGCUUGCAAGUUAGAUCACAUUCCUGACUUGGAAAAGGAAUUGAAUCGAUGGUCUUUAGAAGGUAAUCUUACCAUUUACUUCACUUAAAUUGAUAACGAUUAACCAGACGUAAUUAAUUGAUAAACCGAUAAUCGAUAAUAAUCGAUAGUAAUCGAUGUCAAUCAUCGAUGAAUAUCGAUUUCCGAUAUCGAUCAACAGAAAUCGAUAAAGAAAAAAGUUGUUACUUCGAUUAAUAUCGAUGAUUUUCAGAUAGAAGUCGAUAAUGAUUUUUUAUCGAUUACUAUCGAUUCCUUUCGAUUGUUAUCGAUUUUGUCAAUUGAUCAUGAUCGAUAUAUAUUUUUUCUUUGACUUGGAUUUCUAUCGAUUUCCGAUAUCGAUUUUUAUCGGUUAAGUACGCCCGGCGAUUAAUCAUUCUCUAUCGAGGGCCCUGUGAGCAGGAAAGCCCAAAAUUAUAUUUCCAAGCCGAAGUUUUGCCUAAAUCUUUAGUCCUAAGCUCAAGGAAUAGCACAGCUAGCUAGUGAUCGGAGGCCCUUCUGUGUGGGAGGAUUCGAGUUGGAUUCCUAAGUGUGACCUUAAAUUCUUGUUUCGACGUUUUCUUUUCCCGUAAAUGGCCUAGUUCCUCAGUGAGCUUCUUGAUUGCUCAAUUCAAUUCAAUUCAAUUCUUUAUUCACACUAUACAAGAUAUUUACAUAAGUGUACAUACUAGGAAAAUAAAGUAGCUACAAAUAAAAAUUAACUAAAAGAUAUUAAGUUCAUUUGUGUACUUUCUCGUUGGACACCGUCAUGUUGAAAUAAUUGGCAGCAGUAAAGAGUGGAAUAAAAUCUCAAAUAAUAUCAGUGAUAGAACAUAUACUCAUGUCAGAUUUGGUUGGUUAGAAGACAGGACUUCCAUUCUUUUUUAAACUUAUGAUAUGGCAGACACUUGAGACCAGGCGGUACAGUCUCCCAGAUUUUUGGAGCGGAGAAUUUAAAGGACGUCUUACCUAAGUUGGUGGAUACUCUUGGCCUAAAAUAGUUCAGAUUACUGACAAAUCGGGACUGAAUGGAAGCGCCAUAUCACCGCGGGGCCAAAACUCUCGAGCCAGCUUUGUAAGGGGAACCAUAAAAGCCCUCCGUUUUCCCCUGUGCACCUUCCUCGUUAUUAUUCUUGUUAACCAUUGCAGGUAUUGGUACAUUAGCAUUUGAUACUCGCCUUGGAUUGUAUGAAGAUCCUCCGCCUCAGUCAGCACUGGAAUUCACAAAUGCCGUUAACAACUUCUUCGAACUUGCCCAACAGCUUCUGUUCAAUAUAUUUAGCACAAUUGCUCGCCCUUACAUAGACACACCAACCUUUAAGAAGUUCCUUAUCAAUGCCGACGCCUUGUUUGAAAUCGGGCAAGUUUUUGUUGACAAGAAGAUGAGGGAACUGAAUAUAAUGGCAGAGAAGGGAAUUGAUCCGAGUAACGCCCAAGGUGCGUAAACAAUAUACUAAUAGCAGGUUAUUCAACGCGUUUUCCAUAUAACCGCUACGAAGACUGAAAUCACUGCGCAAUAAACUUAGCGGUGACUGACCGGCAACUAUCGCUAAGAUAGAAUUUAGUCAUCUCAGCGAUCAUAUACGUGGAAUCCGCUUUCCACAAAAUGAAUUGCGGUAUUGGCUUUUUUUGGAAAGAAGCGCACCCGUAGGGCUCAGUGCAGCAUAUUUCUUUAGACUACAACGUAGAAUAAAGUUUGAUAACGAUACAUGUACAGAGCUUGAAAGCAAUCAACAAUUCAGUUCUGUUUCAUGGUGGUUCGUACCAGUUUGCAGCUUUUUUGUCCAUUCAACUCACCAAAACGUAAUACUUUAUUUCUGCUCUUUAAUGAAACAAGCGUGCGCAAUUAUUGAUGAUAGACAUGUUAUCAUUCUAGAAAGGGAAUAACUAGAAUGUGAUUGCUGCGGAGCGACCGCAGGGAGCGAGCAGCAACAUAAUCAGGAUUUAAAGGAAAUAUAUAUAGGGGCAACGAAUUCUCGAAUUCAUCACUUUUUACCACAAUGCAUUGCAUUUAACCACACUUUUUACCACAAUGCAUUGCAUUUAACCAGAGUGCAUUGCGCCAGGAACAAGUCAAAUAAUAACACGGGGAAGUUCGCAUCGUUCGCUGCCCAGACUCAGAGUUUUCGUUGUAGCAAAUUUUCUACAGUGCGGUUAGAGGUCUUACCAAAUUUAAGACACGCAGGAGUCUUUCAGAUGAGUACAAUGGUUAACUUGGGGAUUGGAUUUCAAUUCAAGAGCCUUUGACUCGUCCAGGUGUUAAACCUGACGAGAAGAUGAGUAUUUGCUCUUCGACUCCGCAACACGGGGGAUAUACAAAUUCCAGCUUGCUAGAUGUGAACGUGAGAAAAUGUCAUGCCAUGCUAUUCUUAAGAACCUGUAUGAGCCGAAAAUGGAUGUGAUUUUGACCAUUCGCUUCAAAAUAACAGCGGAAAUCGAGAUAACAAAACAUGUUUUGUGUCCUACGUUGCAGACGAGGACGUGUAUCGGCGUUUUGAAAAGCAUUAUUGUGUUCUUUCAUUCAUUCAUUGCCAUGGAAUAUGCGUUUACAUUGUUUUUUACUGCUAAUAGCUCGAUUAAUGCGGCUGGCGAUCAUCUUGCCGGCGGAAGUUUCAUGCAAAAAGCAUUAAAUUAAAGACUUUUCCCACAAUUACUUAAUCAGUCUCUGUGGUGUAGUGGUUAGGUGUAGUCGCGUCGAGUCGAUGGUGCUGGGUUCGAAUCCUAACGAACUUUUUUUUUCCUUCUUUCUUUUUUUUUUUUUUUCCGUUUUUUGUGUUUUUGUUUUCCAUAAAUAUAUAGCUAAAUAACUGUUACUUAAUAAAGUGCAAUAAACAGCAAGAAAAGUAUCGUGUUUCCAGAGAAAUGAUAGUACACCAUAUAUUAAAUAUAUGGAUAAACAAUCUGAAUUUCUAUCAUUUCCUAUAAUUUACUGUGGGAAAACCAGAGUUGAUAACCACUUGAUCAUUUUCUAAACAACGUUCCCACGAGUUCUUUCUAUAGACUGAUAGUACUAUUCUAGUACUUUCCAACAUGUAAAUAGGACAUUCAAUGUCAUUUUCGAUUCUUUCAAGUCCCACUGCCUAACUAAUGCCAGUAUCAACAGAAUGUGCCGCAGCAUUACUAUCUUUUAGAUACCCUAGUUAUAUAUCUAGUCGCUUGACCCGUUUAAUUACGGAAUUAGUAGAAUUAACGGAACAAUGAGGUCAUUUCUUCUCGUCUCGGUAAUAAAGAGUUUCGGCUAGACUGCGAGCAAUCUCUUAUUUUUCUUUUGAGACACGGUAGAAUGCGAGCACGAGAAACGAGGGAACGCGUGAGGGGCGGGCGGCGACAAACGAGGGCAGAGCCUGAGGAAAGAAGGCUAACCUGUCUAUCAGGUCUUUAUGAUGUCAAAAAAAGAAAAAUAGAAAGGCUUAAACGUCUGGAAUUAAGGACCCGUUAGUAAAGUUUAAUUAGGAAGGUUAAGCAACGACGACUGGGACGGCAACGAGAACGUCAAGUUUAAAUUGGUUAAAACAACAACUUUUCCCGUGCAUCACGCUUUUUUGUAUAGUACAUUCGUCACUGCACGACAACGACGUGAACCUUCCUAAUUUCACCUUUUAUGGAGGACAAGAACACAAGACAACGAUUUUCUUUUUCUUAGUAAGCCACAGUCGUUUGGUUUAGAAUUCAACUCCUGAAAAAAUCGCCAACAUUUGAUAAAUUAAAAGUCGAGUUGGAAUAAGAGCGAUGAAGAUUGAGACAGCGCAAAUUCACUUUUUGGGUGACGUUGCUUUAGCCUCCCAUUAUCUAUCUGCAAUGUGAAAUCCCUCUCACAACACCUCAUAAAUAGUUUACUAAGUUAGAGUUCGUUUAAUACCUGGCCAAAAAUAUUAAUGACUAUGUGAAUCCACUGUUACCCUGGGUUCCAGAGGGUACUUUUUUCUUAUCGAUACGGUUUCUUUCAUAUUAGGUAUUUGAGAACAGACCUCUGGAGCCAGGGUAAUCCACUAUUUGUUCUCACUUUCCAUCUCCUUAUCAGUUAAGAUACAAUGAAUUUUGUCGUACUUCUUCUAAUUAGUUGUUCCACUACUGGCAUAUUUACUCAUGAAGGAAGACCUUACUCCCGAGGAGGUUAAUGGACAUGCAAUUGAUAUUGUUACUGCCGGUGUUGACACGGUAAGAUACCUGGAGUUUUGAAAGCCGGGUUGGCAAAAAAAUCAACUCAUUCUAUUACCUGGCAAUUUACAACAAUAAAAAAUCACUCAAAGACCGAUUAAAAGCCUUUAUCUGACCCCAGGCAGUACGUCAAUGGUCCCCAGUAGCAUUUCACUGGGCCCAAAUUUAAUCUGACUCCGUGAAGCUUCAAGCCGGUGUCCGCGUUUCAGUCUAAAAAUUUUCAAGUCGAGUGAAUUGCUGUCAAAAGUGCCUGGUUAAGGCGGGGUUAAGGUUUACAUAACAACUUAUAUAGCUAGCAAAAUACUACUAUUUUCUCGGGCCGAUAAAUGACAGGAUUUUGCAUGGAAUAGCUACAAUAAACAUUGAAACAUAGCACACAAAUUAUCACCCCUUAUCUCCUCAAACAGGCUUAUGGAUAGACUGCGAGCAGUCCCUUAACUUCAGAUUUAGUGAGGGGAUCAGUCACGCGCGUGGUCAUUUGCUUAUCUCGCGUGUUUCGCUCAGUGGACGAAGAAAAAAAGAGACUGCUCGUAGUCUAUAGCCUAUGGAUAAAAGCCAAGUGCCCGCUGAUCCAAUUUUCCAAAGCUUAGAAUUUGUUUUCUAAGGCACAGUCACCUAAGCUAACACCGACAAAGCGUUUUUAUGCUUGGUACAAGACUAGCUUCCCACGCAGGCGUUUUUAGGGGAGCUCGUUUUCCAUCCCUCCCCACAGAGGAACGAAACACGAGCUCCCCUAAAAACGCCUGCGUGGGAGGCUAGGUACAAGACAAGCGACCCAAUAAGGUAACUUUCUGUUUCAGCCCUGAUCAGAGUAAUUGAUCGGUUUAUCCAAAUGAAAUUAAACGAGACUACGGUAAGAUAUUGGGCGAUGAUGCUCUCCGGCCGAAAACGUUUCUCAAAGUGACGAAUAACGAAAUAUAAACUGCUAAGCGGUAAUGAAACAGUAAGAUUCUAUCUUGCGCAGAUGGAAAAAUUAAAGUUUUUCUUUUUUUGCCUCUUUCCCGUGCAGACAUCGAACGCUACUUUGUGGUGGUUGUAUAAUUUGGCGCGAUUUCCUACCGUCCAAGAAAAGGUUUACCAAGAAAUAAAAAGUGUUUUGGGAAACGAUAGGGAAGUGACACCUCAGCAUCUCGCUAAACUACGUUAUCUUAAGGCGUGUCUUAAGGAGUCCAUGAGGUAAAACUAUGAAUUCAAAAGAAGAUAAAUUGUACUAUUACAUUUUUAUUGCUUAAUGUAAUCGGGGUUUAGGGGCUUCUUCUACCCUGGGUACCAGAGGUUUUUUCUCGCGUGCGACGAGGAGCUUUCGUAGUGUGUCGGCCGCAGGCCGACAUCGGGGUAAGGGUGGAAGCCAUGUAUUUUUUCUCUCUAAAAAUGGAUAUAUAGCAAAAAACAAUGAUUUCCCUUGUCCAAUUCUUUUCCCACAAUAUCGCAAAAUUCCGAAAAUACGCCCCGUUUUUUCCGCCAGAAAGGGUCGAGCUUUAAACAAAGUGAGUAAAAAAGAAAACAAUUCUGCCUUCUUAUUCUUGUUGUUUUUUAGACUGACUCCAAGUACUACAGCCAAUGUCAGGUUUUUGGACGAGGAUGUGGUUUUAUCGGGAUACCAUGUUCCAGCUCAAGUAAGUGGUAGGACCGUCCUGCUAAAUUGUCGGCCUCCUGACAUUUAAGAGUGGGGAACCAAGGGUGGGUACUCCCACAAAUUUCGGAUGAGUUUGUACCGUAUAGGGUCUUAAACCCAGACCCCAUUAGCAUGGAUCGUUACAUAUUGAUCUUGUGCCCCUUUCUGGGUAUCUCUUUCAUAACGAAAAUCCAAUAUGACUUAGGCCCGUUUCAAACGUCGUGCUACUGCCGUGCCGAACUCAAUUGAUCGAAUUAAAUUCGACUUUAGUUCGGAAGUAGCGCGACGUUUGAAACCAAGUCGUGCUACUGCUGUGUAGCAGGGCAAGCCUUGCCGUGCUACACGGCAGUAGCUCGACUUGGUUUCAAACGUCGCGCUACUGCCGUGCUGAACUCAAUUCAUAAAUUAUAAAUACAUUAGAAUACAUUUAAAAGUUUGCAAAGCCGUUUCUUUAUUCUUGUGUUAUGUUUUCGGCAACAGCCGUUCUAUUCGAGUGAAUUAAAUUCGACGUCUGAAACCAAGUCGUGCUAAUGUCGCGCUGCAGUCGAGCUACAGUCGAGCCAGCUUAGCACGGCAGUAGCACCACGUUUGAAACAGGCCUUAAUCAUACAAUUUGACUGGGACUAGAGGGUGGGGACAUUUGUGUUGGUUUGGCAGAGGGUGGGGCCCUACGUUCUUCGUCCCAUGGUCAAUGUCGUAAGAUAAGAAACACUAAAGUUAGAAACCUUUUUUUAAAGUUCUCAUCACUAUAAAUGACUUUUUACAGACUCUUAUCUCGAUGGAGUUAUAUGCAACGACACGCUUAGACAAGUACUUCAAAGAUCCUUUGGAGUUUAAACCGGAACGCUGGCUAAGAGGGACUAAAGAUGUUCAUUCUUUUUCUCAUCUGCAGUUUGGAUUUGGGCCUCGUAUGUGUGUUGGUAAGAAGAGACGUUAUUCCUUGUAUGUUAGUUCGGUAACUGAGAGGGUGAUGUAAUCAAACUUGGAUCGAUACAGUGACUCAUGUCCUCCUGAGGCACUCACAAGAAUAUUCUCAUUUUAAGUCUCAGAAUAUACUAUGUAAUAAUUUAGUUAGUUUAAUGUUUUUUUUUCCAAUUUUGGUCUAGACAUGUUCCGUUUUUUGAGCACAUGCUGAAUGAGAGAAUUACGAAAUCCUUUUGCUCUCGACCGCUCACCAACGUUUUGACACAAAAAUCAAACGCCCGACCGGGCGGGCCUCAUUUUGGGUCAAAAUCCCCCCUAAGGAGUUAAACUCCAGUCAAAUGCCCGAGAUAUGCCCGGGGGGAGAGAGCAGAUCAAUCUUUUUUCUACAAUUUGAUACCCAGGAAAAUUGUGGAGAUGUAUGAGGGCUGGUGGCAGACAGUGGGGAUGUAUGGUUAAAAAAAAAAAAAAGCACCACAAAUGAAACUUUGUCCCAAUUUCUCCAUUGCAGAAAAAUUAAGCAGUUUGCUAGCUUAAUCAAUGUCCUUUAGUGAGAUUAUGAUUUUGAUUUCGUUGUUAUUGUUGUUAGGUCGGGGGAGGGGGCUUGUUUUCAGCCAUACAGUAUGCUGAGACUUCAGUAUUAAAGCAUAAUCUGCACUUUUCUUGUAGGUCGUCGUGUGGCUGAGUUAGGGAUGUACGUGCUAAUAUGCAGGGUCAGUACUGUUAUAUCUGGAAACGUUGUACAUCUCUUCAGAAAAUGAGACUGUUACCCACCCCUCUGCAUGUUUUUCUUUCCCCUUUCAAUCAUCCUACUCCCCCUCAUCCUUCUCCUCCCCUCCACUGUCCUCCUCCUCCUCGUCCUCCUUCUCUUUCAUCUCGUCCUCUCCCGCCAUCCCCCUCUUCCUCCUUCCCAGUCUCGCCUCCCGUCUUCCUCCUUUCCUUUUUUCUUACUUUUAAUCUCUCUUUAUUGCAGUUACUUCAGAGAUUUCGCCUCGAGUAUCACCACGAGCCACUAGAAAUACGUCAAAAGAUGCUUACUGUUCCCGACAAACCGGUCAAAAUCAAGUUUAUCGAACGUUUUUGAGAACGUUACAAGGGAAAGGUUCUACAGCUUCUUACAACACCCUUUUUAGAAUCUGAUUCAGACCGGAAAGGGUUUUUGAGGCUCCCUCGGCUUAAAUUUAAACAACUUUUACACCAUCGUCUAUGCUCUUGGCGCCUCGUGGCACAUAAGGCCUCAAACCAUUAUGGUCGCCAAACUUAGGGACUUUUAUUUAGAAAUAUUUUUUAAGUCUUUGUGAUGUAUACAUCAAAUAUUGACCUUACCCUGGCAACCGAAAUUGGCUGGCAUGUUUUCCAUAACCUAUUCACAUAACAACAAAAACAAAAAAAAAAACGUUUUAUGUCUAGCUAUUCCAUUUGCAAGCAGGAUAAAUUUAUUUAAUUAAUUCAAAAUGGCGGAUGAUUCAAGUUCCUUCCUAUAUUGUAAACGACUGACGUCACUGACGUCACUGUUAUUAUCAAAAUUUAUCAGUGUGAUAUCCAAACUCAUGAUUUUACCAGACACAUCCCUAGUUAGUGUUUUUGUUUUAUAUCUCUUUAUAGAGGGAAGAAUGAUGAGACGCAGGUGGAUUCCGCCCAUAAAUGUAAAAGCAUGCCGUCGUCAUUACGUCCCAUUACCUCAUCGUGUCUCUCACAUACCCGAAAAUUUGUAAUUUGCCGACAAUUACAUUCUGUGCUGACGCAUUCCCUGCUCACAGAUGUCCUUUUAUAAAGUUUUUUCUAAAUUAGUGUCUUUAUAGUUAAAAAAUUGACUAGAACGCGCGAGCGUGAAUUGAUCAAACCUUUUAAUUUUUAAGACUUACUUUCCGGCUAAUGAACUGUAUGUAAAAAGUGAAAGAGAAAUAGCAAAAAAAUCCAACUUCUAAUCAGAUCUUUUCUUAAGGUUUAGAAUAAAAUAUUCUCGAAACUGAGAAUGUUUUGAUCAAAGAUGUAAAAAUCCAACCGAAUCAGUGCAGGAAACCUUGCGUUUCGUGUUUUUAUUUCACUUAUUAUAUUGUAUGGAAUAUAUGUGUGAACAUCUUCAUUAUGAAUGGGUAUAUUUCAAAGAGCUACACAACGACCAAGGAUACAAUUGACCGACAAUAUAUAGAGCGGGGGCAGAUGUAGUGUCAACUACUACGAGUAGUGUUUUAAACAUCAGACUUCAGCUGCCGGCCUGAGCUGCGGUUUAUAGUAAUAUAAAAAACCUUUUUAAAAUUUGUGGCCUAAUCUUAAUUUUCCUCAUCUUCCAAGGUAUCUUAUCUUAAGUUAAUCACUACACACACGCCAAUGCCAACGACCGCAAACACAAUAAUUUGGCAUUUAUUGACAUUAUGGACAAAGAGUUAGCAAAUACAUCUGCUUGUAGUCCUCGAAACACGGUGCAUUGCUCAAGUAUAUGA